ACGAAGGAUUUAACGAUCUGUUCGCAGCUUCCGUUUCAAAGCUAAUCCCAACAAUAAAAGAAAAUCAAACAAGAAUCAAAAAGUUAGCAAAAUUGGAAUUUCCUCAUUUUUUCCUGUUUCCCAUCAGAAAUUUGCGAAUCAGAAUUAGGGUUUUUGGAGAAUCCGUCUCUUCUUCGGCUGAAAAGGUUUCCACAAGAUAUGGCUGGCUCUGGUGAAGAAACUGAGCCAGAAUGGAUCAAAAGAGUGAAAUCAGAGGGACAUGUUCCAUGUCUUACUCCAGACAACUGCAAAAACGGUUGGACUACACCGUCUCCUGACACAUUUAUGGUUAGAGGACCAAAGUAUUUCUCCGACAAGGUGAAAGUACCUGCUGGUGAUUUCCUUCUAAAGCCUCUGGGUUUUGAUUGGAUUAAAGGUCCUACAAAGCUCUCUGAGGUCCUAAGUUAUCCAAGCAGCCGAAUCAGGAAAGUUAUCGAUGAAGAGUUUCAAAAAGAUGAAACUAAGCCUUUUGUUUGGGCAUUCAAUCUCCAGCUUCCUCACAAAGACAAUUACAGUGCUGUUGCUUACUUUGUUGCCACAGAGCCUAUCCUCGAAGGCUCCCUGAUGGAUCAGUUUCUGAAAGGAAACGAUGGGUUUAAGAAAUCGAGGCUAAAACUGAUUGCAAACAUUGUCAAAGGCCCUUGGAUUGUAAGAAAGGCUGUUGGAGAGCAAGCUAUCUGUGUGAUUGGACGUGCACUGUCUUGCAAAUAUGUUUCAGGAGAGAACUUUGUGGAGAUUGACGUGGAUAUAGGAUCUUCAAUGGUCGCUAGUGCCAUUGUUCAUCUCGCCUUUGGCUACAUUACAACGCUUACUGUUGAUCUUGCAUUCCUCAUUGAAAGCCAAACCGAAGCUGAGCUUCCAGAAAAGCUACUUGGAGCUGUGAGAUUCUCUGAGCUACAGACCGAGUCAGCUAUGUCUAUCGAACUGUCUUCAGGCACUUGUAAUGACGGGUCAGAUCAAACUGCCUCAGAGCGGUCGAGCUGGUGGAAAUCGAUUGGAAAUGGGUUCUCUAGUCUGCUUAAUCAAGAUACAGCCAACAUGAACAAUGCUUCUCCUGGGAAUAACCAGAAAGGUGAACAUGUACAGAGGCAGUAAGUGGGUCGGGAUUGACUUGACAAUUCUUUGAAUUUCUUUGAUUUCAUAACAAACAACAAAAUCUUAUCAUUUCUUAUCUGUAUAGAUUGUUUUUUACUAUAAAAAAAAAGGAUUCCAACGAUAACUCAU